CUGCAGCUCCGCAAGACGGCCAAGCUUUGAGACCUCGCACCGCUGCCAGCUCGCCUGCGAACACUCUCCCAAGAACCACCACCACCACCGGAGGAAACUGAAGUCCUCCUAAUCACGCACUAAGAACAAUAAAUUACAAAUUACCAACCCAGAACAGUAGGCGAGAUGGCCACCUGGGAAAGCCAGCCAGCAGCCUCGUCGGCCCCUCGGGUCAAGUUCGAGGACUCCCCGGCCGAGUCGCUGCUGUCCGCCCCCGGCGACAUCUACCCAUCCCUCUUCGACAACACUACGCCUGCGCUGAGCCCUAUGGAGAGCGUCAUGACUCCGCAGUCGUUCAGUCCCAGUCCCGAGGACACGACUGGUGCUGAACCAGAUUCCGCUACCAGCGCUACCCAGGUGACGCCUUCUCCCGCCCCCGAGGGUGAGAAGAAGCCGGUAAAGAAGAGGAAGUCGUGGGGCCAAGUCCUCCCGGAGCCCAAGACCAACCUACCUCCGAGGAAGCGGGCCAAGACCGAAGACGAGAAGGAGCAGCGACGAGUCGAGCGCGUUCUUCGCAACCGCCGCGCAGCCCAGUCUUCUCGGGAACGCAAGCGUCAGGAGGUGGAAGCGCUGGAGCAGAGAAACAAACAAUUGGAAGAGCUUCUGCUCAACCAGCAGAAGACGAAUGAGAUGUUGAUGGAUGAACUGAACAAGCUCCGAGGUUCCGGCGCCAGCCGUGGCUCUUCUCCGCUUGACAGCUUCCAGCCUUCCCCCCUAACCUUGUCCCAGCCCUUGUUCGGCUCGUCUGAAGACGCGUCGGUUCAGGGCAAGCCCGGCCUGAUGAACGAUUUCAUCCUCAUGCCGGAGCAGGAUGGCACUCUCGACCCUGCCUCCCUGUCCCCGGAAUUAGCCCCCGUCCCCGACGACGGCGCCGCCGAGUCGACGACCGAACACGUUUCAAUGGCCCCCGCUUCCGCGGCUACUUCCUCCGACGCGACACAACAUCCAGCAGCGGUGUUGUGCGACCUGCAGUGUCCGUCGGUGGAAGUUCCACAGUCGUGGCUGGCCUCUCAACAACCAUCGGAUCUAGCACUGUCACUCUUCCUGCAGCUUCAAAUGCUGUGGAUGGUAUCUUCGGCGAUGAUUUCGGCCUUUCGACACCCCUUGAUCUUGAUUCGUGGGGCGCUCAAGGCCAAUUUAGUCCUACUUCCGACCCCCUCGCUUUUGAGUACAAUAAUCUGGCUGGUGACUCGACCCCCGAGUUUCCGGGAUUCGACUUCGACCAAUUCCUCAGCGACGAAAGCGGUGCAGCCUCAGGCGCGACCGCGGGAAGCGACUCUAUCACCCAAGAACCGGACCCGGCUUUUGGCCUCUUCGAUUCUGAGAAUCAACUCCCUCCGGAGACUCUUAACCAGCAGCCCCAUCUUGGCGCGUCCGCUCAAGGAUGCGACGAUGGAGUUAUUGCGGUUGGUGUCUAACGAGGGACGCGAUGAUCGGGUCGAGGGGCUGGCAGUUGGAUCCCCGGGUAUCAAGGGCGAUCAGAGCCGUCGACCGCGAACGUGGCCAGACGGCACCAGCUUACCGUCACGAGAGGUACUGCUCACACUACUGUGGGCGAUCAGAGUCGAAGAACGGAAAUCAGUCAUAUCGAAGGAGGGCGAAGAAAAAAGCGCCUUCUCGCCAAGUUCCCGACCCGGAUCAAGCGUCCUCGUAGAACAGACACCAUCCCAGAAUUAUGUAUUAUCGGUGGCACCAAAAAGGGAAGGGGAGAUAACGACGAAACCGGCCAACGGAAAGAGGGCUAGGCUAUCCUACUAGAGAGGAGUUCCGGUGGGGAAAAACGACAACUAUUUUUGGUAUGGGGGACGGUUUCUAGGCGUCACGGAUCUGGCUGCAUGAUGAUGUACUUGGCCUGACUUGAAGCUGGACUUGUAACAAGUAGUAUGUGUUAUGAAUUGACACUCUUCAGCGAUUGUUUUACCGUUUUAUUCCGGGGUUGCAUAUCGUGGACUAUGAUAAUUGGCGACAUUUCUGGCAGCAUUAUAUAGAGCCUUAGAGCCUUAGAGCCUUGGAGCCUUUGAUGUCGGUGAAAGCGAGAUUUGUUACGGACCUGGGGGCAGUGUUCCUACUCGCAAUGAUAUGGGGGAAAGGUAGAUGCAUCCGGGAAUAAAAAUCCAAUACUCCUACACUUCAGUCUCGACGGGAACUCGUCAAUUCAACCACUUGUUCUUGGUCUGGGUUAGCAAGGCCUCGCUAGAUAAGUUACCGAGGCGGCUUUAAAUUGUAUUGCGUGGACUAGGACACGUCGUCUUCACGAAACGUAUGAUGAAAGACGGAUCAGAUU